AUGAGAAGAAAUUUAAAGUUAGUGGUACUAGCGGGUAUACUAAUAUUAUCAAUCACUUACUUAUUUAAAUCUUAUGGAUCGUCAUCAUCUUAUAAAACGGAAUAUAACUCCCCCAAAUUACAACUCCUUCGAGAAAUUGAAAUUCAUAAAGAUUAUCGAACGAAAGGUUUAAAUUUUCAAUCAACUACUAGAAACACUAUCCCACCUUCAAAUAAAGUAUCUGAACAAUUAAGUAUUGGUUUCCCUUAUGACCCUAAUUCCGAAUUUCCCAAAAUUAUUUGGCAAACUUGGAAAGUAGGUUUAGAUCAUGAAGAAUUUCCAAAAAAAUAUAAAGAUUAUCAAUCAUCAUGGGAUGAAAAAAAUUCAGGAUAUAAACAUUUUAUAAUUCCUGAUGAACAAUGUGAUGCAUUAAUUGCAGAAUUAUAUUCAGUUGUACCGGAUGUUGCAAAAGCUUAUGCCAUAAUGCCUAAAUCCAUUUUAAAAGCUGAUUUUUUCAGAUACCUUAUACUAUUUGCAAGAGGUGGAGUUUAUUCUGAUAUUGAUACUGUUGCAUUAAAACCUAUUGAUAAUUGGCCAAGUUUACAAAAAGAAUAUAUUGGUAAAUCAAUUAAUCCUGGAUUAACAAUAGGUAUUGAAGCAGAUCCUGAUAGAGAAGAUUGGGCUGAAUGGUAUGCUCGUCGUAUACAAUUUUGUCAAUGGACUAUACAACUGAAAAAGGGACAUCCAAUGCUAAGAGAACUUAUUGCAAAAAUUACAGAAUUAACUUUAACAAGAGAAAUUAAAAAUCAAUUAAAAAAGACUUUAGGUAAAGAUGAAGGAGGUGAUAUAAUGAAUUGGACAGGUCCGGGAAUAUUCACGGAUUUUGUUUUUCAAUAUAUGAAUUUGAUUCUACAAUCUUCAGAAAAUAUUGCAAAAAAGAAACAUGAACAUAUAAUAGAUUGGAAAUUAUUUACUAGAAUUGAAAAACCUGUGGUUAUUGAUGAUGUUAUGUUACUUCAGAUAACGUGUUUUUCACCAGGAGUUAAUCAAAUGAAUGCAAAAGAGGUAAACCAUGAAGAUGCUUUAAUUCAUCAUAGAUUUGCUUCAAGUUGGAAAGGAGAUAAUUAA